GUCAAUAGCCCGGUCGAGAGAUUCUGUUGAUGAUGUGAAAUUGUGAUGGAUAAAAGAGAAGAAAAUAGCAAUUCCGUAAGGUUAGGGUUACAAUAAUCACAAAACUAACAAACGACAGCUUACUUUAUGCAAUGGAGAAACCCGGGAAUCUCUAAAUUCCAUGCUAUUGUUGGAUAUGCCAAAAGGCACUCAAACCUUAAUAACCCUUUUGGUUCAUUGGCACUCAUACGAUGCAAUCUCCACGCCCUAAAUUGGCAGGCUUAUCGAGCCAGUCACACUUAAGCGCAUCAGCCAAUUACAGUAAUUACGGCACCCUUGGCGAUGAUAAUUGCCUGGAGAGCUUCCCUCGAGAUGACCGUAUUCUGAUGAAUGGGAUCCUCGACUUUGAUAACUGUGAUUCAUCCCCGGAGGAAGUCGCAGGUUUUGAAAUAUGGCCGUUGCUUCUCGUUACCGCUUUGCUUAUCGGUGUAAUGGGAUAUGUUAUUGCGGUUACUGAUCCUUUACUCUUUGAUCUCAAAGACGGAUACUGCCACAAGAAUAUACUGUUAAACCGUCAAAGAUGCUGCGCCGACAGUUCGGAAUGUCAGUCGUGGCUGCAAUGGUCUGACGUUUUUCGAAUAUCUGGCUCUCGUGGUCACACCUUGUUGAAUUGGGGGCUUUGGGCAUUGCUUGGCACUAUGCUGGCAAUUACUUCGGCCAUCGUCACUUUGUCACGGCGUUAUGAGAAUACCGGUAUCGAAACAAAACCUGCAAUACUCUAUCCUGUCGCUGGCAGUGGUGUGGCAGAACUAAAAGUUCGUUCCCAAGGUCUUCGACUACGGGGUUACUUUGAUUUCUCUACUAUCAUAUGCAAGAUAAUCGGAAUCAUAUUGAGUGCUUCUUCCGGUCUCUGCCUGGGAAAGGAGGGCCCCUAUGUACACAUUGCAGCUGGUAUUGGGGCUGUCGUUGGCGAGCUAUUCAACACGAGCCGCUCGCAGCGCGAACUGUUGUACAAAGCAGGUGCAGCAGCGGGCUUAUCUGUUGCAUUUGGUGCACCUAUUUCGGGUACAAUAUUCGUCAUUGAAGAACUAUCGCCUUUCGGAUUUACACCAAGACAGUUGAUCCCCACCCUCUUUUGUUGCGUAACGGCAACGACCUUUCUGAAGUAUUUGAACCCAUAUGGCACGAAAACUAUCGUCAUGUUUCACGUCCACAGCAUGAUUGAGUGGAAAACAUUUGAAAUACCAGUUUAUACAGGCAUCGGUCUGGGUGGAGGUGUGCUGGGCGGUUUAUUCGUUAAGGCUGCUCGUUCCCGACUUCUGAUUAUCCGAAAAGUCUCCAUUUUGGCCCGGAAUCCGGUUUUCGAAACAGCCCUUCUAGCCGUGCUCACUGGCAUGCUAACCUUCUCGAAUAGAUAUACCAAAUUGAGCGUUGCAGAAACGUUGGCAAAACUAACAACUCCGUGUCAACAGUUUCACACGAAUCAGCUUCUCCAUGAUAAUUGUCCUUCAUUGGAUGAGAUUCCAUCACACAUGCGUUCCUUGAUAAUAGCCUUCCUCAUUAAAGCUCUUCUUACCGUGCUCACAUUUGGGCUCAAAGUUCCUGCUGGAAUAUAUGUUCCUACGAUGGUUCUCGGGGCCCUUUUUGGAAAGACCAUUGGGCACGCAUUUCAAGUAUUUGUGGAUACUUUUUCCUCAAGAGGAUUUCCAAUCCUCGCCGCAGAAUGUGCUGCAGCUGCCGGAAGUCUUGACUCAUCGUGUAUCAGCCCAGGUACCUAUGCAUUGAUUGGCGCUGGGUCUGUUAUGUGCGGUGUCACUCGGCUUCCAUUUACAUUGAUCAUGGUUCUUGUUGAGAUUACUGGGAGGUUGGAUUAUUUGAGUCCUUUUGUGCUGGUAGUUUUUCUAUCAAACUGGUCGGCGCAGCUGGUAGAGAAGGAUAGCAUCUAUGAUGUCGUCGCAUCGGUAAACGGAUAUCCCUUGCUAGAACAAAAGAUUAGAUAAGGACGUCGUCGUCUGGUUCCGGCUCUUUUCCCUUAUAGAAUGUUGC